AUGACUAGCCUGUGGAUGCUGCCUCUGCUGCUGCUGACCACCUGCACCUUGAGGGCGCAGGGGAAGCGCCGCCGAGUCUUCUUCCGGGAGGAAUUCGAAGAUGGGGAUGGAUGGACAAAACGAUGGGUGCAAUCUAAACAUCAGUCAGAUUAUGGUAAAUUCCAGCUUACUGCAGGGAAAUUUUAUCAAGAUAAAGAAAGAGAUAAAGGUCUCCAGACCAGUGAGGAUGCCAAGUUCUAUGCCCUUUCCACCAGGUUUAAGCCAUUCAGCAAUGUGAAUGAGACCUUGGUGGUUCAGUUUUCAGUAAAGCAUGAGCAAGGCAUCGAUUGCGGCGGUGGGUAUGUGAAACUCUUUCCUGCCACACUGAACCAGGAGGAUAUGCACUCAGAGUCCCAGUAUUACAUCAUGUUCGGCCCGGACAUCUGUGGCUUUGGCAAUAACAGACUACAGGUCAUCCUUUAUCACCAAGGGAAAUACCAUGAGAACAACAAGACCCUCAAGUGCAGGAUCAACAAAGACACUCACCUGUACACUCUGAUCCUUCGCCCUAAUGCGACUUACGAGGUCAAAAUUGACAACGAGAAGGUGACAACUGGGGGCCUGGAAGAUGACUGGGACUUCUUGCCUCCCAGGAAAAUAAAAGACCCCUAUGCCAGGAAACCAAGGAAAUGGGAUGAACGGCUGCAGAUAGAGGAUCCUGAAGAUAAGAAACCUGAGGAUUGGGAGGACUCUGAGUUCAUCCCAGACCCAGAGGCCAAGAAGCCGGAUGACUGGAACGAGGCGAUGGAUGGAGUGUGGGAAGGGCCCCUGAUACCGAAUGUCAAGUACAAGGGACAAUGGAAACCUCGGAUCAUUGACAAUCCCAAUUAUCAGGGGGAGUGGAUUCACCCAGAGAUAGACAACCCCAAAUACAGGCCUGACCCCACCAUUUGUCACUAUUAUAACAUCAGCGUCCUUGGCCUGGAUCUUUGGCAGGUGAAAUCAGGCAGCAUCUUUGACAAUUUCCUUCUAACAAAUGAUGAAGAGUUUGCUGAAGAGGUUGGAAAUAUGACCUGGGGAUUAAGAAAGGAUGUAGAGCAGCAGUGGAGAGAGCUGUAUGAGGAAAUGGAGAAGAAGAAGGAGGCAGAAGAGGCCAAAAAGAAGAGGGAAAAGGAGCGGGCCAGGAAAGAGGACAUCUGGGGACUUGAUGAGGAGGAUGAGGAGGACAAUGAAGAGGACUCCGAGGAGGAACCAGAUGCAGGGCCCAAGCAGGAAGACAGCGCCAAGAGGGCAUCUCUGGGGAAAAGGGAAGUCCGCUUUGAUCAGAAGGAUGAACUGUAACUGCGGAGAGAGGAAUUGCCCACAGAAGCGAGAGACGGC